UUCUACUCGGCACAUUCACUCAACCCUCGGAGAAAAUUCACAAAUCACAUCUUGCAUACAAAGUGCAGAUUGUUUUCAUUUCAAGGACUCUUCAUUCUACUUCAUCAGGGCAGUGUUUGGCUAAUUCAUAGAGUGGCUAGAGUCUUACUAGCAGCUACGGGUCCCCUCUCCUCACCUAACACCGGUCCGGAGUACACCACAUCAGACUACCUCCACUGCCUGUUCAUUACCGGGCCCUGGACUGCUGUUUGUGCAAAAUGCUCUGGUUUGCUGUGUUCGCUGCUGCGGUAGCGGUCUGUGCCGCCCUGUCCGUUUACUGGUUCUCCAGGAGGCCCACGGUCUUCUCUCAGGAGUGCCUGCGGCCACCGGCCCCUCUGGUGCUGGAUCAGAAACAAAGAGACCAGGUGCUGAAGAGAGGUUUCCGUAGAGACCGCAUUCCGGAGCGCCUGGAUGCGGUUGUCAUUGGCAGCGGCAUCGGAGGCCUGUCUGCGGCGGCCGUGCUGGCUAAAGCGGGGAAGAGGGUCCUGGUCCUGGAGCAGCACGACCAGGCAGGAGGAUGCUGCCACACCUUUGAGAACCAGGGCUUUGAGUUUGAUGUGGGCAUCCACUACCUGGGUCAGCUGCACGAGAACAGCCUGCUGCGCGUGGUCCUGGACCAGAUCACGGAGGGCCAGCUGCAGUUCGCCCCGCUGGAGCAGCACUACGACUCUUUGGUCAUCGGACAGGGGGAGGACCGCAGGGAGUACCACCUCCUCUCGGGCAAGACGGAGAUGCGCGAGUGCCUGCGGAGGCAGUUCCCCAAGGACACGGAGGCCGUGGACGAGCUGAUGAGGCUCGUGAAGGUCUGUGCUGCUCGGCACACCCCUCUCCUGGCCACGCUGAAGCUGCUGCCUCUGUGGCUGGUGCGCCCCCUCAUCUGGUCAGGUCUGCUGGGACUCAUCUCCCCCGUGUUCCGCCUCUCCGGCACCAGUCACUCCCAGCUCGUGUCCAGCCUGACCCACAACAAGGACCUGCAGGCCCUCUCAGCGUACCUCUUCUAUGGUGUGCCGCCAAAAGAUUCCAGCUUCCUCAUAAAUUCACUGCUCCUGCAUCACUAUAAGCGAGGGGCUUACUAUCCACAAGGGGGCGCCAGCGAGUUUGCCUUCCACAUUAUCCCAGUCAUCCAGCGAGCUGGAGGCGCGGUGCUGGUCAGAGCUCCUGUGCAACGCAUCCUGGUCAACCCCGAGGGCUCUGCCUUUGGGGUGACGGUGCGAAAAGGUCAAGAGGAAGUUGAGGUGCUAGCCCCUGUGGUAAUCUCUAACGCUGGCAUAUUCAACACGUUUCAGAAGUUCCUCCCCUCAGAUGUGAAUGCUAAACCAGAAAUGCGGAGGUUGCUGGGGAUGGUUCAGCAUGGAAUGGGCUCCUUCCUGGUGUUUGUGGGUCUGGAUGGAACAAAGGAAGAGCUGGGCAUCGUCUCCACCAGUUUUUGGAUGUACAAACACAAUGACUUGGACCAGCUAAUGGAAUGUUACAAUUCUCUAGGUAGGGAGGAAGUAGUGGGAAACAUCCCAAUGAUGUUUAUAACUUUCCCAUCCGCCAAAGAUCCAACGUCCAGCAUUCGCCAUCCAGGGAAGUCCUGUAUGACCCUGCUGACCAUGGCCAAGUAUGAGUGGUUUGAGGAAUGGAAAGACACCAACCUGAACCGGAGAGGCCCUGACUACGAGGAUCUGAAGAUGAGCAUGGCCAAGGAGCUGCUCGAGUGGGCUUUGCAGAUGUUUCCCCAGCUCAGGGACAAGGUGGUGUUCAUGGAAGCCUCCACCCCGCUGACCAACAUGCACUACCUGGGAGCCCCCCGUGGAGAGAUGUACGGAGCGGAGCACAACCUUAAUCGCUUCAGCCCAGAGGUGGUGGCCAGUGUGCGGGCACAGACACCUGUUAAAGGCCUCUUCUUAACAGGCCAGGAUGUGUUCUGCAAUGGGAUGGCUGGUGCCUUGCACGGAGGGCUGCUGUGUGCCUCCGCUGUGCUGAACCGCAUCCUCUACAUCGACCUGCUGAGGCUGAAGAAACAGCUGAAGAGGCAGAAGGCACUGAAGAGGGCAUAGGUAUAACCAGUGCUGUAUACCCACACACUUCUAACAGAGCAGGGGCCUAACAAGGGCUGAUUGGAUUGGCUGUUUGACCUGCCAGAAAAUCAAAAAGGGUCGGAGAAAAGGAUCCCCCAGUAAUGGUUUCUCGUCAGAACUCCAUGCACACCACUUAAAGGUCCACUUUGGGAUCUUUGUAGUGUCAAUUGGAAAUUAUUUUCAGUCUGUGUCAUUAAAUCAAUGGGUAUUAAACAAUUGUCA